AGAAAGGCGGGCUCCUGCUUCAGGAUGUUGCCUUUAAAGCCAAAGAAGUGGGUUUCCUGUGGAGGAAACGAUCACAGAAUAGACGAGGCUUUGGUCGAGACACCGUGUUCCCAGCAUUUCUUGAGCACAGGUCACCCAGCUGCAGAGCGGGAAGCAGACUUUUGUGGAACACAGUCGGACUCGCAGACUUGAGAGGUCUCUCGAUGGAUCCUGGAUGCUUUGGACACUGGUUGACUGACAGCACGUAAAUCUGAGUUGGACCUUUUCCACAGGACAAUGCAUUUAUAAAUAUUACGCAAUGGAAAAAUAAGUGGAUGCAUCAAACUGAUAAGAGACUUUUGCUUUGUGUGAAUGAAUGGGUAUAACUCAUCAUCCUGCAAGUAUCGAUCCAUAUCUGAGUAAGGUCACGUCUAGUUUCUCAUGUCAGGCGCUUGACCAACAGAGACAUGUCCAAUGACAGCUGCAACCUCCCGUUGGACACGGACACGUUUGGCCUGACCUGUAUCUAUGGUCUGAUCUUCUCUUUGGGUCUCCCCAGCAACCUGCUGUCUCUCUGGGGACUGUACCACCUGGGCCGCUCCGGUGGAGGAGGCUGCCAGCUGGUCUACAUCCUCAACCUACUGCUGUCAGACCUCCUCCAGCUGCUCACCCUGCCACUGUGGAUCCUCUAUCUCCAAGGCGGGCACCGCUGGCCCUACGGCCAGCUAACGUGUGAGCUGGUGGGCUACGUGUUUUACGUAAACGUCUACGCCAGCGUCAUGUUCCUGUGCCUGAUAGCGCUGGACCGCUUCCUGGCCAUUGUGUACCCGCUGAGCAGCCGCAGGGUGCGGACUGUUAGGGUGGCGGCGGUGUCCGGCGUUGCUGUUUGGACCCUAACUUUCCUGUUCUGCCUGAGCGGGCUGCUACCGUCAGUGUUUGACUCUGACAGCCUGCUGUGUCUGGAGCAGUACCCCGUCAGCCCCAAAUACGCCCACUUCAAGAUCACCACAGUGGCCCUGGGCUUCCUGCUGCCAUGCUCCAUACUCGGCUACACCUCAGCCCACAUCGGGGUGACACUCCGACGAUCUCCUUCCCUCUCCGACCACGAGCGGCGCAAAAUCGUGGGCAUCCUAGUCGUGAUCACCGUCAACUUCAUUGUCGUGUUUGGACCCUAUCACCUCGUGGGCGGAUACAGAUUUGUGUCCUUGCUGCUGACUGACGAGCCGUGCGGGUUGGAGCGUUCCAUUUUCCUCGUCUAUCGCCUGUGCUACGGUCUGACCAGCCUCAACACCCUGCUGGAUCCCCUCUUCUACAUCUUCCUGUGCCCUGACGCCCGGCUAGAGCUGCAAAGAUCCCUGCCCUGUGUGGGAAGGGGGCAAAACGGCCGCAAAAAGAUCGCCCUCAGCGCCAAAGCUUCCUCGGACAACCAGAGGGAGAGUGUAUCUGGACAUAUUGAUCUCCUAGCAAUAUAACUUGGAUUUGACCACAGAGCUGGUAUUUAGUCAAAGCAAGUGUGCCACCCAGUGGAAAUGCAUGUGUAGUGUGUUUCAACUCUCACUGAAUACAUUCAUCUUCCACUUCCACUAGCACACAGAUCUCAAAGUGCAAAGACUUGAACUGUUGCUGACAUAAACGCAACGCUAUAUAAUUUAGUGCAAAUAUGUCAAAUCCACUUUUUUUAUAUCAAUAUCCAUAACCAUUGUAGCCUUAAAUGAAACAUAUACAACCCAAAGAAAUACAAUUCAUCUGAUUCAUCUGUUUACUAGAUCUGUUUUCUGACUAGUGUAUGGAAAUGUUCAGUCACACUUUUUUUUACCGUCAUGUUUACGAUUAAAAAUUCAUGUGUCA